UUGCAGUACACUGGUCUUUGGUAUGAGCUAGAACGUUUUCCAAAUUUCUUUGAGACGAACCAAAUAUGUGUCACCGCCACUUACGGAGAUGCUGGUGAUGGGGUCAUCAGUGUCAGAAAUGAGGGAGUGGUAAGGUUCAGAAUUUUCGGAAUUACGAUCUUGUUCCCGGUGAUGAUUGAGGGCCAGGCCGAAGCCGUGUACCCUGCAGAGCCUGCAAGACUGAGGGUGUCCUUCUUCGGAGACGACGAGGAUGGAGAUGCCAACUACUUGGUUGUGGACACGGACUACGACACUUAUUCAGUUGUCUUCUCCUGCCAACAGAUCGGACCCUUCAAUCUGCAGACCGCCUGGAUUCUGUCCAGGAACGAAACGGCGCCCGCCAAUAUUGACGACCUGAAAAACACGCUGACUUCUUUCGGCAUUGAUGUCUCGGAAUUUCAAGAAACUCCCCAGGGCAACUGCCCCUCGAUGGCCGUUAAAUGAUAAAACAAAUUAACAUUAAAUAACGUUUGCAAACCUGUACAGAAUUAUAAAAACCGCACGAUGUUGCAAGUUAAACCUAUACAAUCAUGCACAGAAUAAUAAAUCAGAAUCAUUGCACAA